AUGCAUGACUUUAUCAUAGCCAUAGACUUUGGCACUGCAUACACUGGAUAUGUCUUCAGUUUGACACCCAAAGGGGCAGAAAUAGAUCCCCAGAUGAGGAGGUGGGGUAGAGACUUUGGACUGGAGACUCCAAAGACUCCAACCUGUAUUCUGUUCAAUGAAGACAAAGAAUUUAUCAAGUUUGGUUAUAAAGCUAAAAUUGUGUAUGUCAAAAUGCGAGGAGAAGAAGCAAGGAAAAGCUACUUCUUUGAAAACUUCAAGAUGGCGCUCUAUGGAAAAAAACUCAGCAGAGAUGUGGAGAUUAAAGCUGCAAACGGGAAGUCAAUGAAGGCCUUGAAGGUGUUCACUGAAGCUCUGAGGUACCUAAAGGACGACGCUCUGAGAACCAUCGCAGGAAACACAGCAGGGAGGAAGUUCAUAGCCUCUGACUUCACCUGGGUGCUGACUGUACCUGCCAUCUGGGAUCCUUCAGCAAAGCAGUUCAUGAGAGAAGCUGCGACUCAGGCAGAAAUCGUUAGAGAAGGAACUCAACACCACCUGAUCAUCGCACUGGAACCAGAGGCAGCCUCAGCCUGGUGUAAGAAGCUGCCAGCUGAUGGCUUCAUCACUCAGAACCAUGAUGGACGAUCACUGGAUCAGUGUCCAGGAACACAGUACAUAGUGGUGGACUGUGGAGGUGGAACCAUCGACAUCACAGUUCAUGAAGUCCUGGAUGGAGGAGCCCUGAAGGAGCUGCACAAGGCCUCAGGAAAUGAUUUGGGGGGACAAAGUGUGGACAGGAAAUUCAAAGAGUUCCUCAGAGAAAUCUUUAGUCAUGGUGUCUGGGAUGAAUAUGAAGAAAACUUUCCCAGUGAG